AUGGCGAAGAAGCUGGAUAUGAUUAAAGAUAUUGAUGGUAAGAGGGAAACUCUAAAGCUAGCAGUUAGAGUUGUUGAUCAUUGGUAUGUUCAAUCCCGUGAUUCUACUCUUCAGUUGGAGAUGAUUAUGAUGGAUGAAAAUACGGACAAAAUACAUUGCAUUGUUCGCAUGAAGGAGUUUCAUUUAUGGGAUAACAAGUUGAUUGAGGGAGAAACAUAUAUCAUGCACAAUUUCAAGAUACUGAAAAAUGAAGGGCAGUACAGGGUAUGUGAGCAUCCUUACAAGUUACUUGGUGCUGCAAUUUGUUGUACAUUGUGGGAUGAUUAUUGCAAGAAGUUUGUACAGAGGUUCAAUGAGCUACCUAAUUCGGAGAAGCUUGUGGUUAUCAUUACUCAAGCUAAAAUCAAACCAGCUGCAGGUGAAUGGCCAGUUAAUGUUUCUAAUACAUGGAAUGGUACAAAGUUGAUCAUGGAAAAUGAUUUUCCUCAAAUAGUUGAUUUUAAGAAACGAAUGAAAGAAAUUGAUCCUGAUGAGGUGAUAUUGAGUCAAUGUGUAAGUCAAUUGACUCAGUCUUCCCAAUAUACUGAUGCUGAACGUUUUGUAUAUAAAUGUUUAGUAAAAAGUUUGUUUAAAAUCCCAUCAAUGAAGAAGGAAGUUGUAUGUGUGACUGUUGCAACGACUAUUAAGUUUAACUUAGAUAAUGAGGGCUGGUAUAGGCUCCAAGUCCAGGUCUGUGAUGAUUCAAACAAUUAUGCUAUUUUUGUUGUAUGGGACCAAGAAUGUAGCAACAUCAUUGGGUUGUCUACAGCUGAUUUGCAGAAAAGAAUGAUUGAGGUUGGUGAAGAUGACCCCCUUUGCUUUCCUGAUGCAUUGGAUAUAAUGCUAGGCUGUACCUUUGCAUUUAAAGUUCGAACCCAACCAAGAACUAAGUGUGCAUUUGUCAUUAAAGUUUCAAAUGUUUCAGAAAUAGUGACACAUGUUAAAAGUCUUAUCCCUCCACUUCAAAUUGGUGAUAGUACUGAUAAAUGCAGUAUGGAUUUGGUAUCUGAGAGUUCCAGUGUUACGAUUUCAGAAUUACAUGGGAAAGCUAUUUGUAAUUUGGCUGCAGACACUGAUACUGAUAUAAUGAGUUUGAGUGCAACUGGUGAUAAUGAUUCGGAUUAUGUUGUAAUUGAAACUCCAAGAAAGAGGUUAUUGCCAUGUAGUGAAAAUUGCAAUGAAUCUUCUCAGGACAUGGAUUCUGCUCAACUAUCCAGCACUAAGAUGAAGAAGCUUAUCAAAAAGGAGAAAACGUAA